UUGCACUUGCUAGUUCUCUGUUACCAUUCUCUUGCCAUAGCAGUGAUAGCCCCGACAACAUGGAGACAGCAAAAUCUCUUCUGGUUCAAUUAUCAGUUGUCAUCGCAAUUGAAGUUGGCGGUGCUGUGGAAGGCGUACAUGGAGCUGUUGAAGGAAUGGGAGGACUUCUCGUACCUGGAAGCUUGUUGGGAUCUCCGGGAUUUGGUGGCCCUCCGUCACUAGCUUUUCCAGGCGGAGGUCUUCCUGGACUAAGCGGUGUCCCCGGUCUUCUAGGAGGUGGAGGUCUUCCUGGACUAGGCGCUGUCCCCGGUCUUCCAGGAGGCGGAGGUGUUCCUGGACUAGGCAGUGUCCCCGGUCUUCUAGGAGGUGGAGGUCUUCCUGGACUAGGAACUGUCCCCGGUCUACCAGGAGGUGGUCUUCCUGGACUAGGAGGUAUCCCCAGUCUUCCAGGAGGUGGUGGUAUUCCUGGACUAGGCGGUGUCCCAGGUGUUCCAGGGGGUGGAGGUGUUCCUGGAUUAGGUAGUGUCCCCGGUCUUCUAGGAGGUGGAGGUCUUCCUGGACUGGGCACUCUCCCCGGUCUUCCAGGAGGUGGAGGUCUUCCUGGACUAGGCACUGUCCCCGGUCUUCCAGGAGGUGGAGGUCUUCCUGGACUGGGCACUCUCCCCGGUCUUCCAGGAGGUAGAGGUCUUCUUGGACUAGGCACUGUCCCCGGUCUUCCAGGAGGUGGAGGUCUUCCUGGACUGGGCACUGUCCCAGGUGUACCAGGAGGUGGUCUUCCUGGACUAGGUGGUAUCCCCGGUCUUCCAGGAGGUGGAGGACUUCCUGGACUAGGCGCUGUCCCCGGUCUUCCAGGAGGUAGAGGUCUUCCUAGACUAGGCGCUGUCCCAGGUGUUCCAGGAGGUGGUCUUCCUGGACUAAGCGGUGUCCCCGGUCUUCUAGGAGGUGGAGGUCUUCCUGGACUAGGCGCUCUUCCCGGUCUUCCAGGAGGCGGAGGUGUUCCUGGACUAGGCAGUGUCCCCGGUCUUCCUGCACUAGGCGGUAUCCUCGGUCUUCCAGGAGGUGGAGGACUUCCUGGACUAGGCGCUGUCCCCGGUCUUCCAGGAGGUGGAGGUCUUCCUGGACUAGACGCUGUUCCUGGUCUUCCAGGAGGUGGAGGGCUUCCCGGACUAGGCGCAGUUCCUGGUCUUCCAGGCUCAUCGACAUCGCUUAGUGCUCCUGGUUCGGCUCCUACCGGAGAAGCUGCGUCAUCAUCUCCUCAGACAGAAGUAUCUUCAACUGUGACAUCGCCGACUCCAGGAGAUAUCGCUGUUCCGACUUCCCUUGCCCCAUCGCCUCCGGCCGCAUAGUCCACUGUGGGAAAUUUGAGGUGCUAAGCCGUAACUGUAGCUCCUCCGCCCUGAAUUGAUGAUAUACUGACGAAUAAAAUUAUACAGUUUGCGGACAACACCAAUAAAUAAUUGUAAACAAAUAAUUGGUGUAGCUCCGCAGAUGGACCUAUAGCUUUUAAAAAUUAGUGAGCGUGUUUGAAUCUGGACUCAUACGUGGAAGUGAAAGAAGGCCAUGUGCCGAAUUUAAAACUAAGAGUUACAAACCUGUGCGGUCUAGAAGCUUCUUUAUAUGCGUUUGAAUACCACCAUAUGAACUUGUGAAGCACUUCUACAGUAGGAGAAAUACGGCUUUGCUAAGCCUAACGUAUUUGGAGGUCGCCAUCGUGUGUAAGGUAGAGGAGCGUUAUUGGAUUAUAUUAAACUUUGGGCGGGGAGUUCGGAUCUCUCCCCCCCCCCCCUCCCGGGCACGCUAUAGGCGGUGCGAACAUCUGACUCUGCCUGCCGCCGAAGUGCCAUUGCCUCCUGAGUAAACAUGGCGGAUCAGCCCAGGUGAACCGUCGAUAAAAUCUAUUUUUUCAAUGUUUCACACAACAUUCAGUGUUCGAUCUCGUUUCAUUUUAUCCAUUAUUUUCUCUUCUUCUUUCUGGUGAAA